ACUGCAGUAACUGUCGUGUUACACUGAAGCAAGAUGAACGCUGUGUUGUGUCUGGUCAUUGGCUUCAUCCCAGUCGCGUAUGCAGGAAACGGCGAUUUCAGGCAUCGUUUUGAGAGACAAAUAACACUGGAAGGUUUACAGGCACGGGAACAUCCCUCCAGCAUACAGACAUCUCUUGAUGAAAGGACCUGUGCUGGUCUCUGUGCCCAGGACGGACUCUGUGCUGCUGUCACCUACCUUGGUGGAAACUGCAACAUGUACAGAUCUACUCUCACGUCAUCUGCGAAAUCAUUCCCUGGAGCCAAGCACUUCAUCAAGGCAGGAGCGCUUCCUGAUCCAGACCCAUGUCCUGUAUCCAGGGGCUACACGUCCGUGUUGUCUCCCCGGCUGUGUUACAAGUUGAUAUCAAUCUCCAACAACUAUGCUUCUCAAAAUGAUCUGUGCCAUUCUGAAGGUGGCCGCCUUGUCGUCCUCAACAGUCAGGAGAAACAGGAGUUCAUGAGCUCAUUCCAGAGUCAAGCGCAUGUGUCAGACCUUCUCUGGGUUGGAAUGCAGCAAGUCAACAAUGUGUUUAUCUGGGAGGACAGUUCAACUUAUGUCUGGAAGUGGGCACAUGGCGAACCUGACAACGUAAGCAAUCAGAACUGUGUACGUUUGACCAAUAGUGGAAUGUCCGACAGACAAUGCAGCAGAAAUCACGCAGCUGUCUGUGAGAUACCUCUAUAAAAUCGGAGAUAGCAAUGAGAGCAGUGAGAAAUCAUAUUGAACCAUAUAUGAGACUGCAAGAUGCCAACCUCAUGCUGAGAGAUACAGUAAUGUCUAGUAUUGCCUGAUUAUUAAGUUUUAUUCACAAAUUGUCGGUGUGGGAGGUUCUGGAAAGAGAUUUUUUAUGACCACUGGAGUGAAGAUUCAGUUUAUGUGAUGAUGUCCAUUACAAAAUUUAAAAAGUGUUUACAUACAUGUACGUAAACAUGUAUGCAACAACAUCAUUAAAUAAACUAAAAUCAGCA